GUGCCAUAAUAUUUGGAUCCGAUCAGGAAGUACGUGAAGUUAUGCGAGCUGUACGCCGUAACAAUGCCACUGGCGCUUUUUCAUGGAUUGGUUCGGAUGGUUGGAGUGCCCGUAAUUUGGUAUCGGAUGGCAAUGAGCCUGAGGUCGAAGGCACCCUUUCUGUGCAGCCUCAGGCAAAUCCUGUUAAGGGCUUUGAGGAAUAUUUUCUCAAUUUGACAGUUGAGAACAAUGUACGGAAUCCAUGGUUUGUGGAAUUCUGGGAAGACCAUUUCCAGUGUCGUUAUCCUGGCAGUUCCAGUACCCCGUAUAACAAUUAUAAUCGUACGUGUUCCAAAACUGAACGUCUGAGCCGUGAGGACACAGAUUUUGAGGAUCAACUGCAAUUUGUUAGCGAUGCUGUUAUGGCAUUUGCCUAUGCUUUGAGAGAUAUGCAUCGAGAAUUGUGCGGCGGCAAGCCAUCAUUGUGUGAGGCAAUGAAACCCACAAAGGGAGCAGAUUUACUGCGAUUUUUACGUAAAGUGGAAUUUGAGGGCCUCAGCGGUGAUCACUUCCGUUUCGAUAAUAAUGGUGAUGGUCCAGCUCGUUAUAACAUUAUCCACUUUAAACAGAUCAAGGAGGGUCAAUAUAAUUGGGUCAAAGUUGGUGAAUACUAUGAGGGAGAGCUGCGCUUGAAUAUGUCAGAGGUCCAAUUUAAAAUGUUGCAACCCAAACCACCCGAAUCCGUUUGCAGUUUGGAAUGCGAAAGGGGUCAGGCGAAAAAAUAUGUGGAGGGUGAGAGCUGCUGCUGGCAUUGUUUCAAUUGUUCAACAUAUCAGAUUCGCCACCCCACCGAUGAAACCCAAUGUCUAACCUGUCAAUUGGGUACAUUACCCGAUGCCACCAAACAAUAUUGCCAAACCAUACCAGAGGUUUAUUUACGACCCGAAUCCGCAUGGGCCAUUGGGGCUAUGGCAUUUAGUGCCACCGGAAUAUUGGUGACACUGUUUGUUGUGGGUGUAUUUGUGAGACACAAUGACACACCAAUUGUCCGGGCAUCCGGCAGGGAGUUAAGCUAUAUUCUCCUGGCAGGCAUUCUGAUGUGUUAUGCGGUCACAUUUGCCCUGGUACUGAAGCCGACAAAUGUGGUGUGUGCCAUACAAAGAUUCUCUGUGGGUUUCUGCUUCACUGUGGUCUAUGCUGCCCUGCUAACAAAAACGAAUCGCAUUGCCAGGAUCUUUAAGGCUGGCAAGCAGUCGGCAAAACGUCCCUCGUUUAUAAGUCCCAAAUCGCAAUUGGUGAUAUGUUCAUUUUUUAUAUCCGUGCAGAUAUUGAUAAAUGGCGUCUGGAUGCUAAUAGCACCCUCACAUGCCAUGCAUCAUCAUCCGACACGCGAGGAUAACCUAUUGGUAUGCGAUUCGUAUAUCGAUGCUUCGUAUGUCAUCGCCUUCUUCUAUCCGAUUGUAUUGAUUGUGGUGUGUACGGUCUAUGCGGUGCUGACACGCAAAAUACCGGAAGCUUUUAAUGAAUCGAAACAUAUCGGUUUCACCAUGUACACCACCUGUGUCAUUUGGCUGGCCUUUGUCCCGCUCUACUUUGGUACAGCCAAUCAUGUACCACUGAGGAUAACAUCGAUGUCGGUAACGAUUAGUUUAUCGGCCAGUGUAACAAUAGCAUGUUUAUUUUCACCAAAGCUUUAUAUAAUCCUCAUACGCCCUGAGCGUAAUGUACGUCAAAGUAUGAUGCCCCCGCGCUCCCAUAUGCAUCGCACGGCCAAUACUGGGCCCUCUUCAAUGAUGGCAGCUGCGGUGGUCACGGCCGCAACUUGUGCCCAAGAGGAGAAAAUUCAAAAACAUAUCACACCCACCAAUACGGAACACAGUAGUGUUAGUCAAAAGAAGAAACUGUGUGAAAUGGCCACACAGACCAUUACAAUAUCAUCGAGUAUAUUCACCAAUUUGGAUAGUGGUAGCUAUCAGCAAAUACCCUACGCCGAUCAAUAUGUGCCAAAUAAUAAUCACAACGAUAAGCAGCAGCAAGAAAUGGGGGCGCAUCAAGAAAAUAAUUCAAUGGCCACUGGGGUUAAUGAGGCCCAGGUGGUGGCCAACAAUAAUAAAAUCAAUCAGCAGCAACAUUCGUUGAAUAACUGCACGGCAAAUGCCAUAGCGAAUAGUUUAAAUGGAGUGGUGGUGAGUACGGGUGCACAGCCACCGGCAUAUAAUCAUGUGGCCCCACAACCACCUCCACCCACACUCCCAGUGACGACAACAUCGACCAAAUGCAACGAAUCUACAACAACAACGCAUAAUGCCAAGACCGUCAGCAGCAGCGACUCACCCCCAACACCGGGAGCAACAUUAGCCGCAGCAGCGGCAAUUCUCAGCAACACGGCGAGAAAUCUAGAGCAACAUGUUGCUGAGCCCACGCAACCUGUUUGCAACUCAAAGUCUUCAGAUAAUUUACGUAAACCAACGGCGGCGAUGGCGGAGAAUGGAAAUGCAGCAACAGCAACAACGACGGCAGGAGACAGCAGUAGUGUAAGGACGACAACAGCAAAUCCUGCAUCCAUGACCGCAGUUACCAAUAGUGUGAGUAAGACAGCUUGUGCCACUGGCGGAGGCAGUGGUGGCAGCCUAUCGUCAUGCUCACGUAAUGGCUCGACCAAAGGUUCACAAUCCAGUAACAAUAAUGUAAGUCCACUUAAUCCUCCACUAAGUCGUGAAAGUAGUACGGGUAAAAAACGCUGUGCCAUACCUGUAUAG